AUGGCAGACUCCCUCGGUGUAGCGAAAUUCGUCGUACUCAAAGAUGAACAAACAUGGAAAUGUCAAACACCUCGCCCUUUACCUCACCAACGUUCCUCAUCCAGUCCAGCCUACGCUGUCUUCACCUCUGGAUCGACCGGUCGCCCUAAGGGAGUGGUCGUAGAGCAUGCCGCUUUCACCACCGCAGCUCAUGGCUUCAUUCAGAGGACCGGGCUAGGGGUCAAGUCACGAGUCUUUCAAUUUGCUUCAUAUGCCUUUGAUGUGAGCAUUGCCGACCAUCUCGCGACCCUCAUGGCUGGAGGUUGCGUGUGCAUACCAUCAGACCCAGAUCGACUCAAUCGCCUUCCUGAGACCAUUCACAAAUUCCAAGUCAACUGGAUGGAUCUUAUCCCUUCAGUCGCCCGUUUGCUUUCUCCCAAGGAGAUACCCCUGCUGACCACCUUGGUCCUUGCUGGAGAGCCCAUGAGCGAACAGGACAUUACUUCAUGGGCUCCGCACGUCAAUCUAAUUAACCACUAUGGCCCAGCGGAGUGUGCUAUUGGGACGAGUCUUUCAUCCCCUAUCGAACCAAAUGCAGAGCCUGGGAACAUUGGGCACUCAAUGGGCUGUCUUAGUUGGGUUGUAGAUCCCGAAAACCAUAAUCGCCUGCUCCCCUUUGGCGAGGUCGGUGAACUUGUCAUUGAAGGUCACAUUGUGGCUCGAGGAUACGUCCACGAUCAGACCGAUGACAAUUCGCCUUUCAUCUCCAACCCAGUUUGGUUGAGAAAACUUCGGUCCAACAGCUCUCCACCAGCACCGUUAUACAAGACAGGUGAUUUGGUGCGGUAUGUGUCGGACGGCUCGUUGCAAUACAUUGGCCGAAAAGAUCAUCUCGUGAAAAUACGCGGUCAGCGAAUUCAACCAGAAGAGGUUGAAUAUUACGUCCAGAAAUGCUCACUCAAACCCAUCUGCAGUAUAGUCCAAGCGCUUCAGCUCUCAAAUGGUGAUUCUGCUUUGAUCGCCUUCAUUUCUCAGGAUGUCGCUGACCUGCAAAUUUCUUUACAACCUCCCAACUAUGACUUUGUCGCCUGGGCUUCGAAUAUACAACGCCAGCUGGCAGAGUUUCUACCCGCUUAUAUGAUACCAUCUUUCGUGCUGCCAGUUUCUCAGCUUCCUUUGACAAAUGGAGGCAAGGUAAAUCGUCGAGCGCUCAUAGAUCUGGUGUCCGGUGUCCCAGUCUCGCGUCUAGCAGAGUACCAACAGAAAUCGUCGGAAAAUUUGCACCAAGUGGAAACCUUCGGAGAAAAUGAGAGAAUUCUCAAGGACAUCUGGUGUGAAACUCUGAAUCGCGCCCCCGAGAUUACCAGUCGGGAUGAUGGAUUCAUCCAGUCUGGUGGGAACUCGAUCCGCGCCAUGCAACUGGUGUCUGCUGCUCACAAACGAGGCCUCCAUCUGACGGUCGCUGAUAUUUUCAACGCCUACACACUUUCUGAGAUUGCUGCCUGCAUGGGACCCGCUUCAAAACUUUCUUUGUUAGAAAAUUCAUGCGAGUAUGUGCCGUUUUCAUUGUUGGGAAAUCUCGACAAUCAGCAAAAUCUUUUACACCUUGCUGUUCAACAAUGUGCCGUGGAAAAAGCCGAGAUUGAGGAUAUAUACCCAGCUACUCCUUUGCAGGAGGGUCUGAUGGCACUGUCAAUUCAAAACCCGAAUGCCUAUGUUUCUCAGCAUGUUUUCGACUUUGCUAAUGGAGUUGAUCCUCAACGAGUCGGAAAAGCCUGGCAAGAGACAGUCAGAACAAACGGGAUCCUCCGAACUCGAAUGAUCUCUGUCAGCACCGGAUCAUUCCAGGUUGUUCUUCGAAGCGGUAUUGAAAUUUCAACUACCCAAGAUCUUGAGCAGUACUUGCGUGACGACAAAGAGCGCCCUAUGGCCCUUGGGAAGCCUCUUAUUCGUCUGUGCUUGUCAUCCUCUUUCGUUGUUCUUACAUUGCACCAUGCAAUCUAUGAUGGUGUUUCCUUGAAACUCCUCCUAGGUCAUUUUAACAAAUUAUACCAAGGCCUUUUGGUCGAGGCACCUGUUUUUGCUCCCUUCGUCGCUUACAUUCAACAGCAAGAGAACAAUCAACAAUUCUGGCAGUCACAGUUUCUCAAUUGCAGCGCGCCAAUCUUCCCCGCUCUCCCUUCCGCAGAUUUUGUGCCCAGCGCGAGCGCUCUCUUCCAGCGUCGUGUUACUGGUAUCCGCCAGACCAGUGGCUACACGACUUCAAAUACAAUUAGGCUCGCUUUGGCCCUUCUGAUAUCUCAUUACACGAAUUAUGAAGAUGUUGUCUUUGGAGUCACUGUCAACGGUCGCGGGGCACCUGUUCCUGACAUUGACGAGAUGACUGGCCCAACAUUCUCAACUGUCCCAAUGCGCUUCACAAUAGGCCCGGAUCAGACUGUUCUCAAGGCACUGGGCAGUGUGCAAAAGAAGGCCACAGAUAUGAUCUCUUUUGAACAGGCCGGGCUGCAGUUCAUACGCCGAAUCAGUGAAGAUGCAGAUGCUGCUUGUCAGUUUCAGACUCACCUUGUGGUACAACCACAGGCAGUCGAAGUUCCUCAGGAGGUCUUGGUGCCACAGCACGGCCGUUGCUUGGAUAUUGGCGAAAAUGAGAAGUUUGCCUCGUAUGCCCUACUUGUGGUGUGCACUCUCGAUGAAAAGUGUAACGCAGUCGACGUUGCUGUCAACUUUGAUCCACGUGUCAUGACUGAGAUACAAGUUCGGCGCUUUGUGCAGCAGUUUAGUCACAUCUUGUUGCAAGUACAGGAUCCUGACCCUGAAGUGUGCUUAAGGCAGAUCCAAUGUAUAAGUCCUGAAGAUCUUGCCGACCUCAGUUUGUGGAACCAUUCCAUCCCAGCCCCCUGCGAUCAGUGUCUCCAUGACAUGAUUUUGAACAAGUGUGCGUCUCAACCUUCUGCGGUUGCCGUUUCUUCAUGGGAUGGGGAAUUCGCUUACCGUGAGUUGGAACAACUCUCUGGUGCCUUUGCUCUACGGCUGCGGGAACUAAACGUCACCAACAAUACCUUGGUCCCCUUCUGUCUUGAUCGAUCCAAAUGGGCUGUUGUGAGCAUCCUGGCUGUUCUUCGAGCUGGAGGCACCUGUGUCUUGACAGACCCAAGCCAACCCCGAGCAAGAGUGCAAGGCAUCAUCCGAGAGACUGGCGCCAGGUUAGCUCUAGUGUCACCCAGACAUGCGAAUAUUCUCGAAGGGCUGGGGUGUGCCACACUUUCCAUCUCUGAUGCCACAUUCGAAGAUUUGCCCAAGUAUGAGCCCGAGAGACUUCCGGCAGUGGCACCCGAGGAUUCUGCCUUCAUUGUCUUCACCUCAGGUAGCACUGGCAAGCCCAAGGGAAUCAUUGUUGAACAUCGCAACCUGGCCACAUGUGCGAGAGACCAGUACGGGCCCAUGGGUUACACUGCUGAUUGCCGAAUCCUUCAUUUUGCGUCCUAUACUUUCGAUCUCAGCAUCUACGAGACAGUAGUCACUCUCAUAUUUGGAGGCUGCGUCUGUAUUCCAUCCGAGGAGCAACGCCUUACUGAUCUUGCGGGCUGCCUGCGGCAGUACCGCAUCAAUUGGGCCGUUUUCACCACUUCAUCGCUGCGUCUGUUCCGGCCCGACGACGUCCCCGACUUGAAAAUUCUCUGCGUUGGUGGGGAAUCACUCACACAAGCUCAUGUGAAUGAUUGGGCGCACAAGGUCCAGUUCAUCAAUUCCUAUGGGCCAGCGGAGACCUGUUUCUGCACUGCUGGUGUCGUCGAUCCUAGCAAAUGGCAACCUGGCGAUGUGGGUGACAUGUUUGGUGGUCUUGCUUGGAUCACACUCAUAAACGAUCCCAACCACCUCGCCCCUAUCGGAGCUAUUGGGGAAUUGGUCGUUGAAGGUCCUGCCGUUGCUCGGGGUUAUCUCAACAAUGAAGAAUUAACUCGCGCCAGCUUCAUUGAUGUUCCGCCUUGGCUCAAGAACUGGCGGCCUGAUGGUAAAACCGAUAGGCUCUACCGGACUGGGGACUUGGUUCGAUACGGCGACGAUGGAAUAAUCUGUUUUGUUGGGCGACGUGAUACACAAGUGAAGUUGCGUGGUCAACGUGUAGAGCUGACUGAAGUUGAGUAUCAUCUGCAACGAUGUUUCCCUGGUGCUGAGGUCGUCGCGGAAGUCAUUGUACCUUCAGCUUUUGAAGCGCCAGCAUUCUUGGUUGCUUUUGUCUUCACUCAAGAAGUCACCAACCGUCGUGCGGCUACUUGUCUCGCUGUUCUGACUGAACGCUUCAUUGAGACAGCAUCACAUGCACUUGCAAAGCUUCGGAUGUCUUUGCCCGUUUAUAUGAUUCCCACAGUCUUGCUUCCCCUGGCUGCAAUUCCACUGACUGGCACCGGCAAGAUCAAUCGACGAGAGCUUCGCGAAGUGGCAGCCGGCCUCGCUCGUGAGGAGAUCAAUUCAUACCUCCCGUUGGUCAGUAAGACUCAAGCCACUUUCAAGCGUCCCCCUGGCAACGAAGUUGAGCGGAACUUGCACUCUAUCUGCGCUAGGGUGCUCAACGUUGACCCGAAUGAAAUCGGCAUGGAUGAUGACUUCUUCCGCCUGGGUGGCGACUCCAUCAGUGCUAUGCAAGUCGCAGCAAAAGCCAAGGCUGUCGGUCUCGCCAUCACUGCGGCAGAUAUCAUGGUCCGCAAGUCUAUUGCGGACAUUGCAUCUCGCAAUUCUCGAGCGCCCUUACUGGCCAUGAACAACGACGACUUGGAGAUCAUGGCUCCCUUUGGUCUUUCGCCCAUUCAAUCUUUGUUCUUUGACACGAUUGAAGAGAAUCACAGCUAUUUCAAUCAAAGCUUCUCGCUCCGCCUAUCUGAAACUGUUGAGGUCAAAAACUUGGAUGCUGCUUUGCGGGCUGUGGUGGCGCACCAUGCCAUGCUUCGUGCUCGGUUUCGCCAGGAAAACGAUGGUGGCUGGGUGCAGCAAAUACAAGCUGAUGUUGACAACUCCUACAUUUUGCAGUCUCAUGUGGUUCAAUCAACCGGUGAUACUGUUCGCGUCAUCUCCGAUAGCCAACAGUCUCUGGAUAUCUUCAAUGGUCCCCUUAUUCGAGCCGACCUGAUUGAAAUGCCCUCUGGUCACCAGCAUCUCUUCCUGGUAGCUCAUCACUUAGCCAUGGACCUGGUUUCUUGGAGAACAAUUUUUGCGGACUUGGAGGAGGCUCUUCGCACAGGAGGGAAACUCUCGGCCGGUCCAUCUCUUCCUUUCCCGAUUUGGUGUCGCAUGCAAGCCGAAUAUGGCAGACAGAAGCUCUGGCCUGUGGAUGUCUUUCCAUUUGAUCUUCUACCCUGUGCGGAUGGAUUCUGGGGCGACGUGGUAAAUAGAAACACUUGGGGCGACAUUGCAACCCUCUCCUUCACUCUGGAUAUGAAGACCACAGCUUCUUUGUACGAUGGGAUGCCAUGCCUAGACGGACUUCCAGCCACGCCGUUGGAGAUCUAUCACACUGCUUUACUGGCAGCUUUCGUCCGCACAUUCAAAUCCCGUCCAGCCCCAAACAUCCACUGUGAGGGCCAUGGCCGAGAGGUCUGGGAUUCAUCGCUCGACCUUUCCCGAACUGUGGGCUGGUUCACCACCAUAUGGCCCUGUCCAGUACCUUGUGACAACACAUCCAACUUGGUUUCCGUUCUCAACGCUGUCCAUGCAGUACAUACCGAAAUGCCAUCUCACGGUUGGGGGUACUUUACCUCUCGCUAUACCAACACUGAAGGGAAAGAGAAAUUCAACACACUGGCCACCCCUGAGAUCGUUCUGAAUUACUCUGGUCUCUACCAGCAACUGGAACGGGAUGGCGCGUUGCUCCAACAGACAGACGAAUUUGAUGGAACAACUUUAGACAUCAUCAAGUCUGCGCGCAGAUUUGGUUUGAUCGAAGUCUCCGUGGGAGUUCGAAAGGGAUUUAUCAAGUUUGAAAUUUGCUACAACCGGCACAUGGAUAGACAGGAGGAUAUCAAGUCCUGGGUGGAACUCUGUCGAGAAUUGCUUGUGGAGAUAGCUGGAUGGAGUUCUUGA